GGAUGGCUGCCCCUGCUCCAGAUCCAGUGUAUGUUCUCCGAGGAACAAACAGUGCCGUCAAUACUCUUUGCUUUCAUUGUUCAGACCCAGACCCAGAGUUUCCCAUUCUUUACUCAGGAUCUUCUAAUGGGCUGAUCCAUCUCUGGAAUCUGAAGACACACAGAGCAUGCAGUAGCCUGGAUGGCCACAAUGGAAAAUCAGUGUACUGGGUGAAAACGUUAUCCAACAGAAGAAACGCACUUCUUAGUCAGGGCCGUGACCAGAACGUCUGCCUGUGGGACUUAGCCGAAGGAAGGAACAUGGUCACAGACUCUCUUUUCAUGGAGAAUGUUGGGUUCUGCAAAUGUUCACAUUCUGAGGUGACAGAGAAACGGUGUCUCCUGGCCACACCUUGGAAAGGGUUAGAUGAGGUUCAGGUUCUGGAGCUGCCGUCUAAGACAUCAAUCUGUAUCUUGAAGCCAGAGACUGAUGCCAAGCUGGGCAUGCCCAUGUGUCUGAGGAUGUGGUGGCCCAACGUUGGUUCUCAUCCCCUCCUUCUGGCUGGCUACGAGGAUGGAUCAGUGGUUCUGUGGAAUUUGUCAAUGGGGAGAAUGCUGAGUCGGCUCACAUGUCAUCAGGAGCCAAUCAUGAGCCUCGACUUUGAUUCCGAGAAGACCAAGGGAGUCUCUGGUUCAUCCGAGAAGAUGCUUUGCGUCUGGAGUCACUCUGAGCUGCAGGACUUGGAGCUUCAACAAACAUACCAGCUCACCAAUCCUGGGAUUGCCGAGGUGACCCUUCGUCAAGACAAGAAGAUCUUGGCAACGGCCGGCUGGGAUCACCGCAUCCGCCUCUUUGGCUGGAAGAAGCUUAAGCCGUUGGCUGUCCUAGACUACCACACAUCAGCAGUCCAUUGUGUGGCCUUCUCAGACCACAACCAGCCCAGUGAGAGACUAAUGGCAGCUGGCUCCAAGGAUCACCGCAUCAGCGUCUGGUCAAUAUAUAAUCAGACAUGAAAUGAGGACUGGAGAAGACUAAUGUUUGCGAAGUUCAGAGCUGAGGCCAAGAUAUGAGAGAACCAGUCACUGUCCUAAAGAUUGGAAGGAGAACGUCAACUUUAGCAUAAGCUAUUGUUGAGUUCAGUACUAGCAAGAACCACUGGGAAUCCUUGGGUAGGAUCUCCUCCUGGUUAGCUCUCCGCUGCUACUGGUUGCCCGGUGACUGAGCAAGUGUCACCUGCUGUCCCUUCUACUUCUCAGAAUUCUGAGUAAGGAUGCUUAUAGCCACACAUUUGUUAUGACAAGGGGUCUCCCUUCCUCCUGAUGGCAUAAGCAAUUACCCAUAAUGAACCCGGUCUAGAAUAACCACCCCUUCUGUCUUCAUUGAAGUCAAUGAGAAAAGUCGGUCACAGCUGAGUGACGUGAUUUCAUGGUGGACCACAGCAUGUAGCUCUCUCCUCUACUUGGAAUAUGAGAUCUAGGACUUUGAGAAGCUCUUUGCAACGUCUUCAUUGUGCCAAGAUGCCAGGGUGCUUCUCUUCUUUUUUGUCCACUUUCCUCUUCUCUGUGUCAUCUUUAGUUUGCUCACUCUCCUGAUGGCUUCUCAAAUUUAAAUCAGCAGCCAAGAACAUGGCAAGGGACAGUCUCUGGCUUCGUUGCCUCUUGUCACCCCAAACUGUGCCAUUAAUCU